UCUCGCAUAGAGGGGGGGGGACUACUCUCAAGACGAGGACCAAGCAUCUGGAAGGAUAACAAGCUCACAAAGUUGUCUAUCCACUUACAGCUAGGAUUCCCCUCUCUGAAGGCUAACAAUGGACAACCAUUCCUACAACUUCCCUUCCGACUGCACCCCUCUUACCAACUGCAAAUCUGCCCGCAAGCCAGUUGGAUCCACUGUAGUGAACAUGGGGAACACUGGCAAGAAUCCUCCCCGAGACUAUCUAGUCUGGUCGCUGUGCAACACCUUGUAUGUUAACUUCUGCUGCCUGGGUUUCAUGGCGCUCAUCUACUCCAUCAAGGCCAGGGACCAAAAGACUCAGGGCAACCUGCAGCUGGCUCAGGAGUGUUCGGACAAGGCCAAAUGGUACAACAUCCUGGCAGCCGGCUGGAACCUUCUCAUUCCACUCCUGGCCAUCGUCCUGCUUGUCCUCCUGCUCGUCCACUUGGGCUCGUCUCAGGGCUCUUUCGACUUCCUUGGAGAAGAUGGACUCCAAAACUUCCUGAAACUUUUCAGCUGGUAGAUGAAGGCAAGAGAUAAGAGUGAUAUGUGAAGAAGGCAUUUGAUUUAAAUCAAGAAUAUGAAGGCUGACAUGAGAAUUUAUUACACUCCUAACCUAAAUGGGAGUCUGGACUUGGGCUGGCCUCUCUACCCCCUAAUCAGCGCUAAAAUACCAUUUUAACUCAAAGGAAAUCAUGUCAGUGCAUUAUGAGAUGGUCUCAAAAAUGCGUAAAAGUAAACUUAAACUUACAAAAAAUAAAAAUUAAGAACAAACACAUUAAGAAAAAGCAUAACAGAAAUUUUGCACAUGGGAUCUGAAACACUAAUAUUAAAAUCUCCCCAUUUUAAUGUCAGCCUUACUAGGAUUGGUCAGUAGAGAUGUGAAGCUGACCAAAGACUGAAUAAGUAUUAGUAUUGUAUUGAGACUGGGAGCUGAAUCAAGUUGAGAGACUGAGCAAGCAGCUACUCUGCAUCGUUUUUGUUAUUUAUUGUAUUUAUGAGUGAAUUUGAAUGAUCUUUUGUCAGGUUAGAGAAAGAGAGAGAGAGGGAGAGAGAGGAAUAGCAGAGAGAACAGGGGGCUGUGGAGCUGAUGUCUGAAUACCACAAGGAUGAGAAACCACUUCACAAAAGGACAAUCAACAUUCAUCUUGCAUUGACAGUCAAGUAUAUUUUAUCUCUCAGCAGGCUUUAAAUGUUAUUAGUCACGACACACAUUUAUUUUUUAUCACUAUUCCUGUGAUUUUAUAAGUAUUUUGAAUUUCUCUUGCUGUCUUAUAAAUGAGUUAAAUAAACCAGUUACUGUUAACACUGUUAGCACAAAACUUUUAUUCUUUUGUUUAAAAAAACUUUUGCUCAAUUCAUCAAAGAUCUACAAAUGCUUUUCAGGUCUUUCAGGAACAUAAAGGCAAAGAGGCGCUCCAUUAAAUUGCGGUUUUGCACCUACACCCAGCUUUAAAGGUAUCAUUUUGGGCCUCAUAUGUAAGCCUGUAGGGUGGUUCUAAGGCAACGGGAAAAGCAUGGUUGUUUUCAUAGCAGCUGUGAGCCUGCUGUUUUGCCAAUUAUAUACAGCACGUCCUAUUUCUGGAAGCUGCACAAAUGUGCCCUGCAGUUUUGAGGCAGUGCCGACCACUACAGAGGAGUCAGCACCAAUGUGGAGGCCUGCAGUGAAGGGGCAACAUGGCUCAUUUCCACUCAAUCUGCUCUUUGCUCAGGCAUUAUUACAGACUGAAUGGGUGUUGCUCCCUGUUUAGCACUCUGAGACUUCAGAGUCAACAUGUUUUUGUUAGUUUACUCGUCUACUGCAGAUGGACUCAUUAGAACAGCCUUAAAACACCAGUUUUAAACAAAUUAUUACUUGUUCUAAUAAUUGGUAAUAUAUCUGACAACAUUCUUUAAUUUGUUCUAGCGUUGCUUAUAUUUUAAGGAGUGAAGAUUGUAGAUACAGAUAGAGCAGUAUACCAUAUGGUUCAAUUACAUUUUAUUUACAUAGCAUCAAAUCACAACAUUGGUCACCUUAGGAUGCCUUAUAUUAUUAGGUAAAGACCAUAGAAAAACAAAGAUAACGCCCCAAGAAUCAAAUGACCUAUGACCAAGCACUUGACGACAGUGGGAAAGAAAAAUACCUUUUAAUAGGAAGAAACCUCCAGCAAACGCUGGCUCAGGGAGGGGCAGCCAUCUGCAGUGACCAGCUGGGGGUUAGGGGAAGGAGACAGGAUAAAAGACACACUGUGGCAGAGAACCAGAGAUUAAUAACAACUAAUGAUUAAAUGAUUGUGGUGUAUAAGCACAUUAAACACACCCCUCAGCAGCCUAGGCCUAUUGCACAGUAACUAAGGAUCACCUGAUCAAGCCCUGACUAUAAUGACAUGCGUUUGCAACAGCCGUCCCAAAAUGACUUACCCUUCCAAGUGUUUUCAUGUUCAGCUAAGCCCUGGUUACCAUGUGCAACCAAUAAAAAGAGAAAUCAUUUAGAAAUGUA